CGGGCUUCUGAAAACCCUCCACCGUGCUUUCUCCUUCUUGUUGCUGACAGGUUUUGUGGUGGGCCAGGCCGGGCUGUACCAGUCUCUGGGCAUGUUCCUCGUGGCCUACUUCAUCAUCGGCAUGACAGUCCUGUCCGUGUGCGCGAUUUCCACCAAUGGGGCCCUGGAUGCUGGCGGCGCUUACUAUAUGAUCAGCCGGGCCCUGGGCCCCGAGUUCGGCGGGAGUAUCGGGAUCAUGUUCUUCUUGGCCAAUGUUUGUGCCAGUGCCCUCUAUAUCCUGGGGCUGGUGGAGGCGGUUGUGGAUGACUUUGGAGUCCCGGGAGAGGGCGGCCCCGGCACCGCCAUCCAGGUGCUGCCCCGCGGCUACUGGUUCGACCUCCUGUACGGCACGGCGCUGCUGCUGCUCUGCCUCUUCGUCUGCCUGGUGGGCGCCGGCAUCUACGCCAAGGCCAGCUUCCUCAUCUUCGUCAUCGUCAUGGUGGUGCUGGGCACCGUGUGCCUCAGCUUCUUCGUGGUGCACCCGCAGCAGGUGCAGCUCCCUCCGAGUGGCUUCGGCAACAGCACGGCCCCCGCCAGCGCCAACUUCACCGGCUUCAAGCUCAGCACCCUCCUGGACAACCUCCCGGCUGCCUACACGGUGGACUACACGACCGGACGCCUGAUGAGCUUCAGCACCGUCUUUGCCGUCAUGUUCAACGGCUGCACGGGGAUCAUGGCGGGCUCCAACAUGUCCGGGGACCUGAAGCGGCCCAGUUAUUCCAUCCCCCGGGGCACCAUCACUGCUGUGAUCUUCACCUACAUUGUGUACAACUUGCUGGCUCUGCUCCUGAGUUGCACCUGUGACAGACUCCUCCUCCAGCGGGACUACAGCUUCCUGAGGGACAUCAACCUCUGGCCCCCCUUCGUCAUCAUCGGCGUCUACUUCUCCACUCUCUCGGCCGCCAUGAGCAACCUGAUUGGGGCCUCCCGGAUCCUCUACGCCUUGGCCAAGGAUGACCUUUUCGGCAAAGUUCUGGCCCCAGCAAAGCGGACGUCCCGCGCUGGGAACCCCUGGGCGGCGGUGGUCUUCUCCUGGUUGCUCGUGCAGCUGGUGCUGUUCUCCGGAAAGCUGAACACCAUCGCCGCCGUGGUCACCAUCUUUUUCCUGUUGGUCUAUGCCACCGUGGAUUUGGCCUGCCUGGCCCUCGAAUGGGCGUCUGCCCCCAACUUCAGGCCCACGUUCCAGUAUUUCACGUGGCACACCUGUGUCCUGGGCAUCGCAGGCUGCAUCGUCAUGGUGUUCCUCAUCAGCCCCAUCUACGCCUCCGCCAGCGUGGCCUUCAUGGUCGUUCUUCUCGUGGCGCUGCACUACCUCUCGCCCAGCAGCAGCUGGGGCUACAUCAGCCAGGCCCUCAUCUUCCACCAGGUCCGUAAGUAUCUGCUGAUGUUGGACAUCCGCAAGGAGCACGUCAAGUUUUGGCGGCCCCAAGUGCUGCUGAUGGUGCGAAACCCUCGGACUUCCCUGCAGCUCAUCAGCUUCAUCAAUGAUCUGAAGAAGAGUGGCCUGUAUGUGCUUGGCCAUGUGGAGCUGGACAACCUGGAGUCCCUCCCCGCAGACCCGCUGGCGGACCAGUCCGACUCGUGGCUGCAGCUCGUCGACAGGCUGAACGUCAAGGCCUUCGUCAACCUGACACUUUCGGACUCGGUGAGACACGGCACGCAGCAGCUGCUGUUCAUCUCCGGCCUGGGAGGCAUGCGGCCCAACACCAUCGCGCUGGGCUUCUACGACGACACAGCCUCGCAGGACUGCCUGUCCCAGCACCCGUCCUUCGGCAGCGAGGAGCUGGCCUGGCUGAACUUCCCCCCGGUGUGGGGCGUGGACGGCCACAAGCGCCUCUCCUCCCAGGAGUACGUGGCCAUCAUAGCCGACGCCGUGAAGAUGCUGCGCAACGUGCUGCUGGCGCGCUCCUUCCACGAGCUGACGCACCCGCAGGCGCUGGGCUGGCGGGCCCAGCCCCUCAUCGACGUCUGGCCCAUCAACCUGCUGCGCCCCGACAGCGCCCGCUACGUGGACACCAGCAGCCUCUUCCUGCUGCAGAUGGCCUGCGUGCUCGCCAUGGCCCGGGCCUGGCGCCGGGCGCACCUGCGGCUCUUCCUGUGCGUGGAGCAGGGCGCCCACCCCCGCGGCCAGGAGGACAAGCUGCGCCAGCUGCUGAAGGACCUGCGCAUCCAGGCGGACAUCCACACGGUGCCCUGGGACGGGGUGGUGGCCCUCCACUGGCAGAGCCGCCGGGAAGCCUCCGGGGACACCGAGGCCUUCAACGCCCUGCCCGGCAACGUGGCCUGCAUCUCCGACGAGUACGUGGGCGCCGUCAACCAGCUCAUCCUCCAGCAGAGCAGCGCCCCCACCGUGCGCUUCCUCUACCUGCCCCGGCCGCCCGCCGACACCGGCCUGUAUGCCCGCUACUUGCAGCAGCUGGAGCUGCUCACCCGGGGGCUGGGGCCGACCCUGCUGGUGCACGGCGUCAGCGCCGUCACCAGCACCGAACUGUAGGCCGCGGGCCGGGCGUCUCUGCGCCUCUCGGGGCCCGCGCAGCCACGGGCUUGGUGACGGGCCCAACGCCGGGCUGGCGCGGCGAAUGAAGGAGUGACUGAGGAUCCCCGGAGCUGGCUCUCGGUGCCCCACGUCCCUCUCCCCCACCCCGGGCCUCUCGGAGGGGCCUGUCGCGGGAAGCGUGAGCCAGUCCUGGCCCCCGGCAAGGCCGCUGUGGCCGCGGGUGGGCCACGGUCCCUCGCGUCACCUGCCCCAGGCCGUGGCAGCCGGUGCCGCGGAGCGAGCCCGAAGGGCGCCACCGGGUUUCUCGGCCUGGACCGUUGGGUCAGUGGCCUUGGACGGCCCGUGGCCGUGAUGGGCACUUUCCUCAGGACACUUGUAGAUACGGGAGCGACAUUAAAGAUGGGAUUGUUG